UGACCCGUUGCCCCCGCGACGGACGGUAGUGUUUGUCGUGCGAGAGGCCUGUGUGCGCCGGAUCAGCAACCAUGACUCGUCGCAUCGACGAAGGUACGAUUCUUCAGCUAUUAUUGGCAGAUAAUGGUGACGAAGAAAAUUCAUCAGAGAGUGAGAAGGAAGACCACAUCGAGGUUGAUCCCGCUUAUGAGUCAGCUAAUGAGGAUGAGGUCUCUUCUGUGACACUACAUCCACCUCCAGGUCAAGACGUCCAAGUAAAUGAUCAUGCAGCUCCAUUAAUUGAAGAUCAGAUACCUGGUACUUCGGCACAGAAUGACAACGACUUGAUUAUUAUACCAUCGCGUAUCGUACUUCGCGGAAAAGAUAAGCACAAAUGGUCAUCAAUAAAGCCAAGAUCACAAAGCCGAACAGCUGCAAGAAACAUCGUGCACAUUAGACCUGGACCUACUCGCAUGUGCAAAAAUGAAUUAGAUCCUUUGUAUUGCUUUUCUUCUUUUAUUACGGAAGAUAUGGUAAAUCUAAUUGUCACCUAUACCAAUGCUGAGAUUGCACUAAAGUCUAAAAAAUACAAAAAUGUAACUGCCACUCAAAGACCCACAGAUGCUGGUGAGGUUAGAGCUCUUAUCGGUAUUCUAACGUUAACUGCAGCAAUGAAGGAUAACCAUUUGCCAUCAAAGGAGAUAUUUGAUACUACGUUUUGUGGAAAUAGAUACCGUAGUACAAUGUCAAAUGAAAGAUUUGAUUUUCUAAUAAGCUGCCUUAGAUUUGACGACAAGUCUACGCGCCAACAACGUAGACAGACUGAUGUUUAUGCCCCAUUUCGUGACCUGUGGAAUCUUUUCAUUGCUGCCUGUCAAGAAAACUACAAACCAGGAUCUUACCUUACUAUUGAUGAACAGUUGCUAGGCUUCAGAGGAAGAUGCCCAUUUCGAAUUUAUAUCCCGAAUAAGCCAAAUAAAUAUGGCAUUAAAAUUGUAAUGGUGGUAGAUAACUCGACGAAAUAUAUGGUAGACGCAGAGCCUUAUCUGGGUUCUUGUACUAAAACAGACGGCUUGCCACUCGGGGAAUAUUUUGUGAAAAAAUUGACACGCACUGUUCAUGGCACUAAUAGGAACAUAACUAUGGACAAUUGGUUCACUUCGGUGCCAUUAGCCAAAAGCUUACUAAAAGAACCGUACAAGCUGACUUUAGUUGGAACUCUAAGAGCAAACAAACGAGAAAUACCGAUAGAGUUACAAAACGAGCGCACACGUGGAACUGGUACUGCUAUGUUCUGCUAUGACAAUGAACUCACAUUGCUCUCGUAUAAGCCCAAACCUCAAAAGGUAGUAUUCUUACUUUCAACUUGCGAUGAAGAAGGAAAGUUGGAUGAGACUUCUAAGAAACCAACAAUGGUUGAAUUUUAUAACCAAACCAAAGGUGGAGUCGAUAAGUUGGAUCAGAUGUGCUCCAUUGCUUCUUGCAGCCGCAAAACUCGACGAACUUUACUCGAUCAUUCAAAUUUCCGAAAACAGGCUAAGACAAAAGUCUAA